AUGUCUAAUUCCUUUGAAAUAUUUGACAAAGUGAAGGCUGAGAAAGCCGAUGCUAUGAGAAGGUACAACAGAAAGAGAAACUUUUACUACUUUUUGGAAGCAGUGGGAGCUUUAGUCUUGCUUUGGUGCUCCUUCUCUUGCUUCCCUGUCAUAAAACAAGCAGCUUCUCAUUAUCUCUCCUUCUUUAACCAGAAAAUCUAUGCUUUCUUGGUCGCAAAUAUUUUCAUUCUAAUGGUCUACCUCUCAUCUACAACAGCCAGCAACAAUGACCAAAACGAUACCCCAAUCCAUACCGAUAUCUAUGACGAGUACGUUUCCUUCUCCACUAGCUCCUCCCCUCGGUGGAAAACAACAACCGACGAGGACAAACGGUUAGUUGUUUCAGCGCUGCAAGGGAAACCAGUUCAAGGAGAAGAGAAGAAUCCAGUUCAUGAAAAAAAUAAAACCUUCGACAUCGAAAAACAAAUUGUUUGCUGCGAGAAAACUAAUGCUGCUGCCAAUGAUGACGAAGUAGGGAAAAAUCCAGUUCGUGAUCUUACCGUGUUGAAACAGGAGAAGGCUUUCCAGAGGACGCGAUCAGAGAGGCAUGGGAAAGAGAAAAGAGAUUAUUUACGAGAGUUUCGAAGAUCGGAGACAGAGAUUGGAAGAGAAACGUCGGCUCUGGUCAGCACCAGCCUUAAUUAUAAUACUCCGGCCGCCGCCAGAAAGUCGAUGCUGGAGAUGAAUAAUGACGAGUUUAGGCUUACAAUUGAGAGGUUUAUUGCUACCACGAAGAAGAUUUUGAAGGAGGAGAGUAUUGCUUUGUUAAGUGAGGAGAAAUAA